GACGUGCGACCUCUGGACGCUGACUAGCGCAGACCUGCGCCAAGUUACGCAGGACCGGCUGCAGGCCAAGUUUGAGACUUACGCGAAGAUAUUGGAGAACGUCCCGCACCUCGAGUGCCUCUCCUCGUGCCAGCGCUCUGCCGUGGCGGCGGCCUUGCUAGAGGUGACCUACGAG